GUGGGUUCUGACGUUACUCUGUGGGCUCUGCUGUUACUCUGUGGGUUCUGACGUUACUCUGUGGGCUCUGCUGUUACUCUGUGGGUUCUAACGUUACUUUGUGUGCUCUGCUGUUACUCUGUGGGCUCUGCUAUUACACUAUGGGUUCUGAUGUUACUCUGUGGGUGCCUGCUAUUAUUCUGUGGGUCCUGCUGUUACUCUGUGGGCUCUGAUGUUACACUGUGGGUUCUGCUGUUACUCUGUGAAUUCCUGCUGUUACUCUGUGGAUCUCUCUGUGGUUACUCUCUGAAUUCCUGCUCUUAUUCUGUGGACUUCUUUUGUUGCUUUGUGAGUUUCUGCAGUUUGUUUACCUCUUUACCAUCCAUCCAGGAAUUCUUUCACUAGGAAUUGUGUGGAUGCUGGCCAAUUGGGCUAAAUUUAAUAUUACUAUGUCCCCCAUUGUGGUGGUGGGGUCUUGGCUUGGCAAUUUCUACUAGUAUUCCAUAUGCAGUUAACCUUGACACAUCAGUGAAAGAAAAAUAAAAUUUCAGGCCUGCAAACUUACUAUGCCAAAGGGAAAAGUUAAUAUUGGCAAAACACACACACACACACACACACACACACACACACACAGUCUUCUUUUUGUUCCCAAAAGCUUACUUUAUCUUAUGUGAAAUGUAGAUCUACUGAGUAUGAGACAGAUGCAUAACCCUCCCCCAUACCUUUCUUUUCACAUGUGAAAUGUAGAUUUGCUGUACUCUAAUCAGAGCCUCACAAAAAUGUGACCACUUGCCUCAUAGCCUACUCUCCCCUCUUUCCCCUCCUACCGGCGCUUUUCCCUUAAAUAUUUGGGAAAAAGUACAGGCCAAAAAUCCUACUGUAACCUGUGUUUCUUUUUCCCCAGGCACGUCCACAAUUUUGGCAAAAUAAAUCUCUAAAUCAGUUGUGAUCUGCCUCAGACACUUUUUGGUUUACACAACAAUCCAAUCAUAGCGAUUUAUUUGGAAAUAUACCUUCACAAGUUAAAUCAGACCACAGCGCUACUGGGCAUUAUUUAUAAUGGCAAACUAUUGCAAACAAUUUAAAACCCAUCAUAGACAUCAUAGAAACUAUUCUAAUAAAUUGAUACAUUUAUAUAAUAGAAUAAUCCACAACCUUGAAGGGAAUGAAGGAAGGAAUAAAGAGAGAGGGAAAGGAAGAAAAGAACAGAGAGAGGAAGGAGGGACAGACAGGUGUUUAAAUUGGGGAUGUGCAAGCAAUAUUGCCUACUUCAUUGCCUUCACAUUAUUUAAAAGCAUGUGGUCAAGAAACACUAUUAUAAUAAGCACUUCAGAAAUAACUUCUAAGAUUACUUUUCCAAAAUACGAAUCCAUACUAUACACUUCCUGUAAUGUGCACCACAUGUAGAUGCACACAUUUUAACAAGGAAAAGACUAAUACUCAUAUUUGCUUGCUACACACCAGACACUGUUUUAAAUGUUUUGCACACGCUAACUCAUUUGUUCUUAUAGAAAUCCUGUAGCGUGCACCGCCACCUCCAUGUUUCUAGGAGGAAACUGAGUCACGGGGGCUGCGGCUCCUGGACCCACCUGGCCUUCUCGGCCUGCCUCUCUCCCUCCAGCCGCCCCACAUUCUUUUUUCCUAAUUGGAAAAAACUAUUCACGCUGCUCCUCCAGGGCAUUUCAACCUUCUAGAAAGGUCCGACAAGAUUCGAAACUGUUUAUAAAGAGAACGUGCUUGUGCCUGAAUGCUGAGUGUGAGCGCGCAGUGAUGCCCUAGAGUGCAGUCAUCCCGGGCUUGGCGCCCAGCGGGUGCAAAUACGGCCGCAGGGUGGAAAUGCGGCGGCGGGGCUGCCCGGGCUCCUGUGGGACCCGCGCGGCGCGGGCACGCACAUUCUCGGGGACGCGCGUCCUCAGGCCACAAGAACGCCUGAAGGCCCCGGCCAGCGUCCUCCCGUGAAGACCCGGACCGGCGUCGUCACCCGCCGCGCAGGCCUAAAUCUCACGUCUUCGUCGUCAUCUCCCAGCGAUCGCAGGGAUCUCGGGCACUGACCGCGCCCGUCCCUGCGCACCCGAGCCCCACCCCGCGCCUCCACGCCCCCACGCCCCCACGCCCCCACGCCUCCACGCCUCCACGCCUCCACGCCCGGCACUCUGGACGCGCGCGGACGGAGGGGCAGUGCCUACUACGCAGGCGCACGCUGCGGGCGUCAGGACCAGGCAGCAACAUUGCCACGCGGAUCCGCGCCGGCCAAUCAGCAUGGCCAGGGGCGGGGCUUCCCUGAGGCGUGCCGGGAGGCGGCGGCCCACUUCCGGCAAUAAUCGCCUGGUCGCCGUCAGGUGCGGGCCCAGGUGGCCGGCGCGCCAGUUGGGCACUGGGGGAAGCGGGCGCGUCAGGUGAAGACUGGGGGCCGCAGGCGCGCUAGGAGAACUAUGCCAUUUUUGGGUCAGGACUGGAGAUCUCCUGGAUGGAGUUGGAUUAAGACAGAAGAUGGCUGGAAGAGAUGUGAAUCUUGUAGUCAGAAACUUGAAAGAGAGAAUAACCAUUGUAACAUCAGUCACAGCAUUAUCUUAAAUAGUGAAGAUGGAGAAAUAUUCAAUAAUGAAGAGCAUGAAUAUGCAUCGAAAAAAAGGAAAAAGGACCAUUUUAGAAAUGACACAAAUACUCAAAGUUUUUAUCGUGAAAAAUGGAUCUAUGUCCAUAAAGAAAGCACAAAGGAAAGGCAUGGCUAUUGCACCUUGGGAGAAGCCUUUAAUCGGUUAGACUUCUCAAGUGCAAUUCAAGAUAUCCGAAGGUUCAAUUAUGUGGUCAAACUGUUGCAGCUAAUUGCAAAAUCCCAGUUAACUUCAUUGAGUGGCGUGGCACAGAAGAAUUACUUCAACAUUUUGGAUAAAAUCGUUCAAAAGGUUCUUGAUGACCAUCACAAUCCUCGCUUAAUCAAAGAUCUUCUGCAAGACCUAAGCUCUACCCUCUGCAUUCUUAUUAGAGGAGUAGGGAAGUCUGUAUUAGUGGGAAACAUCAAUAUUUGGAUUUGCCGAUUAGAAACUAUUCUCGCCUGGCAACAACAGCUACAGGAUCUUCAGAUGACUAAGCAAGUGAACAAUGGCCUCACCCUCAGUGACCUUCCUCUGCACAUGCUGAACAACAUCCUAUACCGGUUCUCAGACGGAUGGGACAUCAUCACCUUAGGCCAGGUGACCCCCACGUUGUAUAUGCUUAGUGAAGACAGACAGCUGUGGAAGAAGCUUUGUCAGUACCAUUUUGCUGAAAAGCAGUUUUGUAGACAUUUGAUCCUUUCAGAAAAAGGUCAUAUUGAAUGGAAGUUGAUGUACUUUGCACUUCAGAAACAUUACCCAGCGAAGGAGCAGUACGGAGACACACUGCAUUUCUGUCGGCAUUGCAGCAUUCUCUUUUGGAAGGACUACCAUCUUGCUUUACUAUUCAAGGACUCAGGACACCCCUGCACGGCGGCCGACCCUGACAGCUGCUUCACGCCUGUGUCUCCGCAGCACUUCAUCGACCUCUUCAAGUUUUAAGGGCUGCCCCUGCCAUCCCUGUUGGAGAUUGUGAAUCCUGCUGUCUGUGCAGGGCUCAUAGUGAGUGUUCUGUGAGGUGGGUGGAGACUCCUCGGAAGCCCCUGCUUCCAGAAAGCCUGGGAAGAACUGCCCUUCUUCAUAGGGGGGGCUGCAUGGUUGCAUUUUCAUCACUGAAAGUCAGAGGCCAAGGAAAUCAUUUCUACUUCUUUAAAAACUCCUUCUAAGCAUAUUAAAAUGUGAAAUUUUGUGUUCUCUCUCUCUAUAUAUAUAUAGUUCAAAAAUAUUUUAGGUGGUCAGCUCCACAUUCUUUGUUGACCUGACACUAACGGCCAAUAAUAUGCUUCUUAAUUAUCAAAUUAUAGUUUCCCAAUUUUAUACUAAUUGGGGGUGGGUUACAAAACAUUUGAUCCUUGUAAAUACAUUGUACAGAAUAUUUAUUUUUUCUCAAAAUGCAUUUUAACUACUACAUUGGCUGUGCCCAAAUGAGUCCUCUUUGAAUAGAAAGUGAACCCAGGGCAAUGACAGCCAUUCUUGUCUUAGGGACUAUGGAUCGGGGUAUGAAUUGUGCACACGCAGCCCAACAACGGGCAGUGGUCUCUGUGCUCCUAGGCAUCCAGCACAGGUUCUGGCAGGGCACCCCUGCUGGGGUUGCGGGCUGGUCUGUGCAUAAUCCUGGACUGUGAUGGGAACAGCCCAGUGCAGUCGAAACUUCAAUUGUGUUGAAACAACUUUAAUAGACAAAGUAAUAAAUCAUGUUUAUCUAUUGAUUUAAACUUCAUCAGUUUUGCAUCCUACUGAGAAAUGUUAGUGAUUUUGAUAUUUAAAUCCUUAAAAGAUUGCUUCGUUUUUAAAAUAACGCAUGUCCAUUUUAGAAAAUUAGAAAAUCAAUCCCACCACCCAAAGAUUAUUGUGCAUGCUGAAAAGAGUAUGAAAAAUCCCCUCAGCAGGCAUAGGAUAGAAAUGUAUUGUUGUAUAUUUCCAUUUUUGAAUAGGGUCAAGGAGCCCAAGCAAAUCAUUUCUACUUUUUCCUUUAAGCAUAAUAAAAAAAAGUAUACUUUUAUAGCGUUAUAAAUAGGAGUAAAAAAAGAUUCUGGAUUUUUCAGCCCCACUUCUGUGAACUGACACAAAUGUCCAAGAAUGCAUUUAUUUGUCAAAUUAUAGUUUCUCCUGAGGCGAUGCAAAUACCUGGGGCCUCUGCGAAUAUAUGUUAGUUUUUCAUGAGACCAUAAAUGUCCCGUAUACCACUGUUACUUCACAACGCCCCCCCGUCCCGACCCUGCCUUUUUUAGAAAUGUAGAACCAUAUCCUAAAUGUUAUUUGGAAACUUGGCUUUUAUUAGCUCCACAGAAUCACCCAGAUGGAACAGGCUUUUUCAUCACAACAUAUUGGGGUUCCUGAGUGUCUCGCCGUUAGCAUCAAUAACUAUGAUAAGCAUCGUCACACAACAAUGUGGCCAUCUCCUUACAACCACCAGUAGUACAGCCAACAUCAUGAGUCAAACCUAUUUUAAGGCUUUUAAAUAUAUUUCUAGAUUGUUCAUGAAAAAAAUUUUUUUGGAGUUUGUUUUUGAGACAGGGUCUUGCUCUGUCACACAGGCUGGAGUGCAGUGGUAUGAUGUCGGCUUACUGCAACCUCUGUCCCCCAGGCUCAAGUGAUCCUCCCACGUCAGCCUCCAGUGAUCCUCCCACCUCAGCCUCCCAAGUAGUCAGGACUACAGGCAUAUACCACCAUGCUCAGCUGUUUUUUUGUAUUUUUAGUAGAGAUGGGGUUUCACCGUGUUGCCCAGGCUGGUCUCAAACUCCUGAGCUCAAGCAAUCCACCUGCCUCAGCUUCCCAAAGUGCUGGGAUUACAGGCAUGAGCCACCGCAUCCAGCUGAAAAAAGAAAUUGUUCUAAUCUAGGAAAGGGAGUAAGUACAUUGAGUUUCCAUUAUCCCUGAAGCACAGGUAUUUCUUUUUCUGUUGGUGCUGUUUUAAUACGUGAAGAAUUUGAUGUAUGAUAAAUUGUGAGCUUGAAUAUUUCCAUAUAUUUAUUAUCCAUUUGCUUUUAUUGUUUUUGGUAAAUUAAUGUGGUAUUUGCCUGUUUUUUGGGGUGGAUGUUAGUCUUUUUUCAUGUUAGUUUCUUCUUAAAAGGAAACUAUCCUUUUGAAGUUGUGAUUCUUUCCCCUAAUUUGUCACAUACUGUUAUUGUCAUUUAAUUGUUAGAUGUUAUAACAGUUCUCAGCUGUGCUAUCAAAUCACAGAUGUGCAUUUAACUUGUAUAAAUUGAGCAGUACUUGCUUGGAAAACAUAACCAUAUUAAUAGUGUAGGAUUCCAGCUGUUCUGCUGGGCUGGCAUAUUUCCACAGGCCAUGGACACAGCUAGCCGCAUUGUCACUGCAUGGGUCACAGCCUCCUGCAGGUGCGUUCGAGGGACAAGCUGUGGGAGCUGGGCAGGUAAGCAGGGAUGGCUUACAUUGCUGGGGAGAGAUUGAAAGGUUAAUGGAGGGUAUAAGGACAGAAUAAAGACAAUUUUGAGACACUGAUCAGUUAUUUACAGAAGAUCAGACAACACCAAACAGAGAUGAGAAGAGAAAUCAUAGAUCUCCACUUUGGAAUGGUAUUUUUGAAUACAGUUUCUAUCAGGGGGCCUUCCAAAAGUAGGGAUGCCACUCCUGUGAGAUUACGUUACAUUCUGAUGCCUUCAUUACAAUGAAGUAGAUAAUUCAGGACCCCAAGAGCCUAAAGCCAGGCAGUAAGUUUCACUUGCCCAUCGCUCCUGUGAAAGGCAAUGCCAGACACUCUCAAGAUAGAAUCUCCAGUCAUUCUCGGACCUGUUCUCAGUCUGCGCUGCUCACUCAGGGCUGGUGUCUCUUGACACCCAGUUACAAUUUCCUUUUGCCUAUUUUGAGUCAAAAAGUCACAUUCCUCACCUAAUUUACGAAUACACACAAAUUGGAAAGCCAUGCAGUAGCCUCUCAGGAGCAGACAGAUUUGUAGCUGUCGUGGUUUACUGCAUGAUGUACAGGCUCUCUGUAUGCACUGUGUGUGCGUACUUUACAGGGCUGUACACAGCAAACUGCGUCUAUUUUAUGGAAAAAAUUUAACCAUCUGUGAACAGUUUUUUGCCUUAAAUGCUGCUUUUAGAACCAAACUGUCAUAUAAGAUUUAUCAGCUCUUUUAACACCUUUGUAGAUUCCUGAUGCUGUGUACAAAAUCAUGUCAUCUAUGAAUAGACAGUUUCACUUCUUCGUCUCAGUCUAGAUGUCCUUUUAUUCUUUCUUGCCCCGUUUCGCUGGCUAGAAUCUCUAGUACAAUGUUGAAUAGCAGUGCAAGAGUGAACAUCCUUGUCUUGUUCCUCAUCUUAGGGGAAAGCUUUCAGUCUCACCAUUAACUAUGAUGUUAACCCUGGGUUUUCCAUAGAUACCCUCUAUUAGGUUGGGGAGGUUCCCUUCUAUUUCUAGUUUGUUUUUAUCAUGAAAGGGUGUGGAUUUUGUCAAAUGCUUUUUCUGCAUCUCUUAAGAUAAUGUGGUUUUUGGCCUUCAUAAGAUCAUGUGCUGUUAUUACAUUGACUGAUUUCUAUAUCUUGAACCAACCUUGCAUUCUUGGGUCAAAGCCCACUAAGUCAUGGUUUAUGAUACCUUUUAUACAUAGCUGUUAGAUUUGGUGUGCUGGAACAGCCAGCCCUCUGUAUCCACGGGGGAUUGGUUCCAAGACCCCCACCCCCACCCCACCUGCCACCCACCACCUUGUGAUCUCUUGGGUUUUGGUGUCCAUCUCAUAGGAUAAGCUUAGAAAGUGUUCCCUCUUCUGUGUUUUGGAAGUGUUUGUGGUGGUUUCUUGUUAAUUCUUCUUUAAAUGUUUGAGAGAACUCCAUAUAAGAUUUGAAGUCACUGAGAAGCUUCAAUUAUCCUUUAAGAGGAUAAGACCAUUUUCUCCAGAGAUGCCUUUUAAUGGUUUUUCUUUUCAUUGCGAAGGCCUAACUUAGUAGAUAAAUGGACUGUGAAACCUAGUCUGUUCUGCUUAUCUUCAGAAUAAUCAAAAGGAAGGGGUGCUGCCCUCUGAAAAAAGUCAGAAGCAAGCCUGCCUUAUGAAACUUGACUUUUUAAUCUCCCUCUCUUCAUUAUGAUGUGUGCACGUGAUGGACACCACUCACCUCCCUUUAGUCCCUAUCAAAUGCUACCCAAUGGCAAAGCCAAGGGAUUAGCAACAGGUAGGAGGAAAAAGAAGGACCUGCAUACAUGACUAACCAGCACCAGCCAUUGGGGCCCUCUAUGGCUGACACCAGCAUCCACCCUGCACUCAUGUGUAUCUCAACAGAAUUGCUGCUUCUGUCUUCACUCAAGCCCCACUCCUUAUCCCUUCCUGUUGUUUCUGCAUAGAGGAGGCAGACCCUCAACUUUGGAAAGCAGUGUCCCCCCGCGUCCCAUGGGCUAAAUGCCACUGAGCUGGUAGGAGCUGCUCAGCUGUAGCCUCUGCCUUCAGAAUUUCAGCAGGAACUACAUCAUUGUGUGCCUAAAAAGCCCUGGCUCACAGCAUGAGACAGUGUGUUCUAGGUGGUAACGUGGCACCUGCACAUGCACCCCCAGCGGUCCUCUCUAAACUCAGGCAGUGUAUGGCUGCUGCCAUUCUCGCCCUCAGCAUCUGUGAGAUGGAGCUGCUCCCCAGGGCAUCUGCCCCAAUACAGGCCACGUGGAUCUGCCAUUGCUUUUCACGUGAAUGCCUAGGAGAGGCUGUUAACCCUCCUAGUUGUCCUUUUUGUACUUGGUCCUCUUCCUUCCAAACCUCACUGGCUCAAAUCCACAGAGUGACAAAGAAUAGAGAUGCCCAGAGCACCAGCUGGAGGGGCAAGCAGGAGAAGGCACUGCUGGUGCCACAGGGGUCCUGGGCUGGCUCUUGGACCAUAACCAGCAUUCACUGAGGAUGCGGUUGCUUUGAAAUGCUCUUGUUCUUCCUGUUUAAGUAAGGGAGAGCAAAAAAAAAUGAGGACAUCUGUGUCAAAUACAGGAGACACCUCAACUGUGUCGUUUUUGCAUGGAAAUUUCCUUUUUAUUUGAUAAUCAUUUGAGAAACUUGCACAGAUGAAGGCAAGUUGGUUUUUAUUAUCUAACCUAUGUAGUCAACUCUAAUGUCAUUUAAAAGAAUUUGACAUGUUAAAAUACACAUGAAAUUUACCAUCUUACCUAUUUUAAGUGUGCAAUUUAGUGGCAUUAAAUACAUUCAUACUGUGCAACCUUCUCUACCAUGUAUCCACAAGUUCAACUUUACAAGAUGAACUUUUGUCAUCUUGUAAAACUGAAGCUCUGUACCCAUUAAGCACCAACUCCCUAUUCCCCAUCCACCAGCCCCUGGCAGCCUCUGUUUGUCUCUUUGAAUUUGACUUCUGUAGGGACCUCGUAUGAGUGGAAUCAGAAGGGAUUUGUCCUUUUGUGACUGGCUUAUUUCAGUUAGCAUAAUGUCCUCAAGGUUUAUUCAAGUUGUAGCAUGUGUCAGGAUUUCUUUUUAAGGCUGAGUGAUACUCUGUUCUAUGGAUGGACCACAUUUUGUUUGUGUACUCAUCUGUUGAGGACACUUGAGUUGCUUCCACCUUUUAGCUAUUGUGAAUAUUGCUGCCGUAAACAUGGGUGUGCAAAUAUCUGAGUCUCUGCUUUCAAUCAUAUGGCAAUUCUAUGUUUAAUUUCUUAGGGAACUGCCAUAACUGUUUUACCCGGUGGCUGCACCAUUUUACAUUCCCACUGAAGGUUCCAGUUUUGCCACAUCCUUGCCAACACCUGUUUUUAAUAAUUGCCAUCCUAAUGAGUGUGAAGUGGUAUCCUGCUGAGAUUUUGAUUUGCAUUUCCGUAAUGACUAGUGAUGCUGAGUAUCUGUUUGUUGGCCGUGUAUAUGUCGUCUUUGGAGAAAUGUCUAUUUGGGCUCUUUGUCCAUUUUUCAAUCAGGUGUGUGUUUUUAUAUGUUCUGGGUAUUCACCCUUUUCAAAUAUAUCAUUUUAAAAUACUUUGUCCCAUUCCGUGGAUUGCCUUUCACUCUGUUUUGUUCUUUGAUGCACAGAAGUUGUUUCUUUGUUUUAGUUACCUGUGUGUGCCUCUGGUGUCAUAUCUAAGAAAUCACUGCCAAAUCCAAUGUUGUUAAAAGUUUCCCUUAUGUUUCUCCUAAAUGUUUUAGUUUUAGCUCUUAGUUUAGGCCUUUGAUCUAUUUUAAUUUUUAUAUAUGGUGUGAGGUAGAUCUAGCUUCAUGUGGAUGUCCACUUGUCUAGCACCAUUUGUUGAAAAGACUGUCCUUUCUCCCUUGAAUGGUCUUGGCACCAUCAAAAAUCAUUUGACCCAUAUGUGCAAGGGUUUAUUUGGGGAUUUGCUAUUCUGUUCCAUUGGUCUACAUGACUGUCUCUGUUUCAAUACAACACCAUUUUGAUUAUUGUAGCUUUGUCAUAAGUUAUGAAAUAAGGAAGUGAGAGACCUCCUACUUUGUUCCCUUUCAAGAUGAUUUUGGCUGUGUGAGGUCUCUUGAGAUUCCAUAUGAGUUUCAGGAUGGAAAAAAAAAGCCACUGGGAUAUUCUGAUAGAGAUUGCAUGAAAUCUAUAGAUUGCUUUGGACUAUGGACAUCUUAAGGUAUCCAAUCCAUAAACACGGGAUUGCUUUCUAUUUAUUUGUGUUGACCUUACUUUCUUUAAGCAGUGUUUUAUGGUUUUCAAGUACAAGUCUUUUGCUUCCUUAAGUUUAUUCCUAAAUAUUUCAGGUUUUUGUUACUAUUAUAAUGGAAUUUUCUUAAAUUUCCUUUUUGAGAUUGCUUGUUAUUGUAUAGAAAUAUCAUGGAUUUGUUGUGUUGAUUUUGUUAAGCUGCAGUGUUACUGAAAUUUUUUUUUGUAUAUGUAUGGACACUAGGAUUUUCUACAUAUAAGAUCAUGUCAUCUGCAAACAGAUAAUUUUGCUUCUUCCUUUCCAGUCUGGAUGCCUUUUAUUUCUUUUUCUUGCCUAACUGCUCUAAGACUCCAGUACUGUGUUAAAUAGAAGUGGUGAGACAGGGUAUUUCUGUGUUGUUCUUGAUCUUAAAGUGCUUUCAGUCUUAUUGAAUAUGAUGUUUACAGUGGGAUUUUCAUAUGGCCUCUAUUUUAGGUUGUUUCCUUCUAUUCCCAAUUGUUGAGUUUUUAUCAUGAAAGGGCAUGACAUUGUCUCAAAUGCUUUUUCUCCAUCAAUGGAGAUCACAUUUUUUUCCUUCAUUCUAUUAAUGUAAUACACAUUACAUUUAUUGACUUGAGCAUGUUGAAACAUCUUUGCAUACCAGCUGUAAAUCUUACUUGGCCAUGAUGUGUAAUCCUUUCAAUGUCCCACUGAAUCCUCUUGGCCAGUAUUUUGUUGAAUAUUGAUUUUAAAAAAUCUUGAUCAGGAAUACUGAUGUGUGGUGUUUUUUUCUUAUAGUGUCUUUGUCUGGUUUUGGUAUCAGAAUAAUGCUGGCCUCAUAGAAUGCAUUUGGAAGUGUCCUUUCCUCUUCAGUUUUUUGGAAGAGUUUGAGGAGAAUUGAUUUAAUUCUUCAGAUGUUUGGCAGAAUUCCCAUAUGGCCCUGGGCUUUUCUUUCUUGGGAGGCUUUUCUUUACUACUUCAUGCUCUUGACUAGCAUAGGUCUGUUCAGAUUUUCCAUUUCUUCAUGAUUCAAUCUUGAUAGGCUGUGUGUUUCUAAGAAUUUGUCCAGUUCAUCUAGGUUAUCCAAUUCAUUGAUAUGUAAUUGCUGAUAGUACUCUUAAUCCGUUUUAUUUCUGUAAAAUCAGUUGUAAUGUCUCCUUCUGGUUUUUAGUUGUUUUUCUUAGUCACUCUUAGCUAUCAACAAACUCUUGGUUUCAUUUAUUUUUCUCUAUUGCUUUUCUGUUCUCUAUUUUGUCUCUGCUCUAAUCUUUAUUAUUAUUAUAUCCUCCAUUCUGCUGGCUUUGGGUUGAUUGCUCUUCUUUUUCUAGUUCUUUCAGAUGUAAAUUUAGGGUUGACUUGAGAUCUUAAUUAAUUUGUUUAAUAGUUGUAUUUACAGUUACAAAUUUCCCUCCUACCACUGCUUUGACUGUACCUGUUUUUUUGUAUGUUACGUUUAAAUCUUCAUUUACCACAAGAUAUUUUCUAAUUUCCCUUGUGAGUUCCCCAUUAAUCUGCUGGUUGAGAGCAUUGUUUAAUUUUCACAUAAUUGUGUACUUUUCAGUUUUUCGUCUGUUACUGAUUUCUAGUUUCAUCCCACUGUGGCCAGAAAAGAUAUUUUAUUUCCUCAGUCUUUUGAAAUUUGUUGACUUGUUUUGUCGUCUAACAUACUGUCUAUCCUAGAGAAAGGUCCAUUUGCACUUGAGAAAAACGUGUGUACUGCUGUUGUGUCUGUUAGGUCCAGCUGGUAUGAUGCUGUUCAAGUUCUGUCUUGCAACUGAUCUUCUGUCUGGUUGUCCUAUCCGUUACUGAAAGUGGGCUACUGCAGUCUCCUACUCUUACUGUAGAACUAUCCAUUUCUUCCUUUGAUUCUGUCAAUGUUUGUUUCAUAUAUUUUGGGCUCUGAUGUUUGGUGCAUAUAUAUUACAUCUUGGUGAAUUUUCAAACUUUUUAAAUUUCAACAUGAAGAUGAAAUUAUAGGAUGUCUGGGAUUUCCUUUGAAUCCGUGGGGCUGGGAGUAACUAUAAAUGAAACAAGAUUGGCCGGGAAUUUGAGGCUGCAAGGAUAGGUACACACUGGGGAGUGAAGCAGGGCUCGGAGCAGAUGGUAAAGAUUGUUGGCUUUUCCAGCCAUGGGGCUCUCUUGCCACUUGGCAGUAGUGGCAUGAAGCCGCCACCAGGGGGCCAAGCACCAGUGCAUGUGGCUGUGUUCCAAACUGUUUGGACAAUAAAAUCCGAAUUUCACAUACUUUUCUUAUGUCAUUAAGAUAUUACCCUUUUACAUCUUUUCACUAUUUAAAAAUGUAAAAAUCAGUCUUAACAUUUGGGCUGUGCAAAAACAGGUGGUGGGACCAAUUUUGGCCUGUAUUUCACUUGCCAACCCGAUUUAUACUUUUGUAUCUAUUUGACAUUUUCCAUUAAAAGUUAUAUAACACUA